AAUUUACGUGGCUGACAGAUGGCAACAAGACAAGGAGGUCCGGAUACCUACAUGAUCAUUCAAUCCUAAUUUAAAUUAUAUAAAUCACACCUACAUGUAUUAAUUAAUAAUACUCUAAGUUUUCCGUAAUAAUGGGUCUCUGUAAAUGUCCAAAGCGAAGGGUGACGAAUCAAUUUUGUUUCGAACACAGAGUAAAUGUUUGUGAAUAUUGUAUGGUGACGAACCACCCAAAGUGCAUCAUACAGUCAUACCUUCAGUGGUUACAAGACAGUGAUUAUAAUCCUAUUUGUGAAAUAUGUACAAAACCUCUGUCGGAAGGCGAAUGUAUUCGGCUCACUUGUUAUCAUGUAUUUCACUGGGAGUGUGCGGAGUCAAGAUAUCGAGCACUGCCUCACACUACAGCACCUGCAGGCUACCAGUGCCCAUCUUGUGCUACACCUGUAUUCCCCCCACAGAAUCUUGUGUCCCCUGUAGCUGAUGUUCUUAGAGAAAAGCUGGCUGGUGUGAACUGGGCAAGAGCUGGUCUAGGCCUACCCUUGCUUUCAGAGGACCAAGACUUGAAAGGUGCAGCAGGCAGGCGUAGUCAGUCACCAAACCAGUCACAAUUUUUUAUCAACUCAAUUGAUAAUCAAAGGGGCAUUCCCGUAGGAGCUAGUGAUGACGAAUCGACAAACCCAUCAGCUGCCAACACUCCACAUUCCAUUGUACAAAUUCCAGAUGAGCCAGCUAAUAUUUACGAUAGUACAUCUGUCAAAAGGAGCGAUGCAUUGCAAGGUGGUCAAGCUACAAGAAAAGGAUUCAAAUCAUUAGAACAAAAACCAUUACUAAACUUUGACCAUGAUGAGAAUAAAUACAAGCAAAAAUCGACAUUUGCAUGGAUCAGCCGAUGGUGGAAAAAUACCCUGCCUUCUUCUCAUGCUAGAAGAGUUGGUGGCAUUUAUAGGAGAUACUGGAUAAUGCUCUUCGUGCUUAUUGCUGUUCUUGUAGUCUUACUCCUACUGAGUCACAGAGAUGUAGAUGAUGAUGACCCAUUUGGUUCUAUACAAGAUGAUGAUCGGAGGAUAUUACAGAAAAAUUGAUGAACUUUCUUAAAUUAUUUAUAUAUAUGCUAGUAAUACAUUAUGAAUCAAGCAAUCUUUAGUGAUAUAAUUAUAAUUGUUGUCUUCUGUUCAAUUUAAAAUAAAAUAAUUAACAACUC